UCUAUCAAAAUGAUUAAGUACCAGAUAACAUGCAAUUUUUUGGGAGAAAAAGAAAGCAAAGAUCAUCUUUAAUGCACUAAAGUCUCCAGUGGUCUGUGAACAUGACAUACCAAGAAGCCUGCAAAUCUUGACAAAAGAGAAUCUUUUCUUUUAGUAAAAUCUUUGAUAGCAACGACUCUUUAGUUGUAAACUACCAAUUCUCGGUGGUGGUCAAAGCAUGAGACUUUGGAGCUUGCUUCCUCCUAAGAUCUCAGCUUCGAACCUCUCACAUCACGUGCUAUCAACUCUUGUGGACCAGUUCAUACAUGAAUAUGUUCCGUCUUUUAAUUUUACUCUCUGAUCGUGGUCAGCGAAAUUGGGUCCCCAGAGGUUAGGCCCGGACAGCCUGAGUUAUCAAAAAGCAAAUAAAACUGCCAAUUCCCAACUCCCCACAAUUUGAUAUCUUAUUCAUAUCCUUGUCCCUUCCCCUUGUACUACUCCAUUACCAUUUUCAUUCUUUUGGAAGGGGAAAGAGAGAGGGGGAGAGGGAGAGAAGAGAGAGUGGGAUAGGCAUGGAAGGAGGGAAUGCACGGCCGGAUGAAGAGCAUUGCGAGUACCGGAGUAAUUGGCAAGUGAUGUCGCCAGAGAUUGUGGAGAUUGGAGAAGGUAACAAGACUGUGAGUAUAAGCAGCAGAGAUUGUGGCAUGAAUGAUGUUUAUGUUGCUGUUGGAAAAAAUGAUUUGGAUGUGGUGAAAUGGGCUCUUGAUCAUGCUAUGAUCUCCCCUGGAGCUAGAGUUUUCCUUGUCCAUGUUUUCCCUCCAAUCACCUACAUCUCCACUCCUGUUGGAAGGCUAUCGAGAAGUCAAUUGACCCCAGAACAGGUCCGAUUCUAUGUCAACGAAGAGAACAAUAGGCGGAGGAACGUGUUGCAGAAGUACAUUCAACUAUGCGCUGAAGCCAAGGUGACUGUGGAUACAAUGCUUUUGGAGAGCAAUUCAACAGCCAAAGCAAUUCUUGAUCUCAUCCCUGUCCUUAACAUCACUUACCUAGUCAUGGGAACCAAACGCCCACCUGCCUCUAGGCGACUGAUCAAGGGGCUGGGAAAUGGAGAAUUUGUUCAGAAGAAAGCACCAGAUUAUUGUGAGGUUGCAAUUGUUUAUGAUGGCAAGAAGCUUAUGGAUAGCCAAAACGUAGUACCCUCUGCUAUUGCAUCGAAUCAGCGGAGGAGACCGGAGAUCAUAACCAGGCCGGAACCAGAAAGGAACUUCUUUGACUGUAUAUGCUUUUCAGCCAAAUCUGAUUAGAACACGAAAUUUCCUCUGAUAUUGCAUACAGACACGGAGAAACUAUGUUGAAGGCACAGUUCAAAAUGAUCUAAAUAGAAGAUCAUAGACUCGUAGAUGAAAAGCAACUGACAUAUUCCAAAUUAAUACUACGAAUCUAAUUGGCGUGUUUAGAAUGUGGAGCGCAUCAUCUUUUUGUUUUAAGUCUAGCUCGAGGAUAAGUGCUGCAGAUAUCGAACACAGUCUGUACAAAAACAAAAGUUUCGAUAGAUGACACAUAGUGUCUGAAAAGUACCAUCCGAUACUUCAUGAAGCUAAAGGAAAUUGAGUUCAGAUUAUGGAUA